AUGGCGAAGUUGAACCUUGCUCCCGCAGGUGCCGAUGAUUCGUUCACCACUACGGUGUAUGGCAGCCGAUUUGCUGCAGAGGAUCUCCCCAAGCACGAGAUGCCUGAGUCGGAGAUGCCAAAGGAGGUGGCAUAUCGAAUGAUCAAGGACGAUUUGAGUCUAGAUGGCAACCCCAUGCUCAACUUGGCAAGUUUCGUUACCACCUUCAUGGAAAAAGAGGUCGAGGACCUGAUGACCGAAUCCUUCUCUAAGAACUUCAUCGACUACGAAGAAUACCCCCAAUCCGCAGAUAUCCAGAACAGAUGUGUGUCCAUGAUCGGCCGUCUGUUCAAUGCUCCCGUCAACUCCGAAGGUGCGGCCGCAGUUGGCACAUCCACUGUUGGAUCCUCUGAAGCUAUCAUGCUCGGAGUCCUAGCUAUGAAGAAGCGCUGGCAAAACAAGCGUAAGGCUGAGGGCAAGCCGUUUGACAAGCCAAACAUUGUCAUGAGCUCUGCUGUGCAGGUCUGCUGGGAGAAGGCGGCGAGAUAUUUCGAGGUCGAGGAGAAGUACGUUUACUGCACACCGGAUAGAUAUGUGAUUGAUCCAGAGGAGACCGUCAACCUGGUGGAUGAGAAUACCAUUGGUAUUUGUGUCAUUCUGGGUACCACCUAUACUGGAGAGUAUGAGGAUGCCAAGGCUGUCAAUGAUCUCUUGAUCAAGAAGAACAUUGAUACUGUGAUCCACAUUGAUGCUGCUUCUGGUGGAUUCGUGGCUCCAUUCGUUGUUCCCGAGCUUGAGUGGGAUUUCAGACUGGAGAAGGUGGUUUCAAUUAACACUUCCGGUCACAAGUACGGUCUCGUCUACCCUGGUGUAGGAUGGGUCAUCUGGAGAGCUCCAGAGUACCUCCCGAAGGAGCUGGUCUUCAACAUCAACUACCUCGGUGCCGACCAAGCAUCCUUCACCCUCAACUUCUCCAAGGGAGCCUCUCAAGUCAUUGGUCAAUAUUACCAAUUGAUCCGUCUUGGAAAGCACGGUUACCGCUCCAUCAUGACCAACCUCACCAGAACCGCAGAUUACCUCUCCGAGUCCCUCCAACAAUUAGGUUUUCUCAUCAUGUCCAAGAAAUCUGGUGACGGCCUCCCCCUCGUUGCAUUCCGCCUCGACCCCAAGGCCGACAAGCACUACGAUGAGUUCGCUCUCGCCCACCAACUUCGUCAACGAAGCUGGGUCGUACCGGCCUACACCAUGGCUCCCCACACCGAAGAUCUCAAGAUGCUCCGUGUUGUCGUCCGUGAAGACUUCUCGAAAUCCCGUUGUGACCAACUCCUCUGUGACAUCAAGCUCUGCAUGCAAGUCCUUGAUGAUAUGGACAAGGAAGCCAUCAAGAAGAACGAAGAGUACAUCCACAAGCACGCUACCCACUCCGGCAAGAGCACCCACAACCACCCGCAUUACAGAAAUGAGAAGCACAGUCUGCAGGGCAAGAGUGGAAAGACGCAUGCAGUGUGUUAA